AUGAUUACCUCCACCUCCGUCCUGCCUGCCCGCCUCCCUCACCCACACCUCCCUCACGCCUUCCCACCUCCCUUUCCUCUGCCCAUCUCUCUCACCCACACCUCCCUCACGCCUUCCCACAUCUCACACACCUGCCAACCUCUCUCACCACUACACAACUCCCUCACGCCUUCCCAUCUCCCUCACACCUGUACACAUCCCUCACCCCUUUACAUCUCCCUCACCCACAACUCCCCCACGCCUUCCCAACUCCCUCACACCUUCACACCUCCCUCACCCAUGCCUCCCUCACGCCUUCCCACCUCCCUUUCCUCCGCCCAUCUCCCUCACCCACAACUCCCCCACGCCUUCCCAACUCCCUCACACCUUCACACCUCCCUCACGCCUUCCCACCUCCCUUUCCUCUGCCCAUCUCCCUCACCCACACCUCCCUCACGCCUUCCCACAUCUCACACACCUGCCAACCUCUCUCACCACUACACAACUCCCUCACGCCUUCCCAUCUCCCUCACACCUGUACACAUCCCUCACCCCUUUACAUCUCCCUCACCCACAACUCCCCCACGCCUUCCCAACUCCCUCACACCUUCACACCUCCCUCACCCAUGCCUCCCUCACGCCUUCCCACCUCCCUUUCCUCUGCCCAUCUCCCUCACCCACAACUCCCCCACGCCUUCCCAACUCCCUCACACCUUCACACCUCCCUCACGCCUUCCCACCUCCCUUUCCUCUGCCCAUCUCCCUCACCCACACCUCCCUCACGCCUUCCCACAUCUCACACACCUGCUAACCUCUCUCACCACUACACAACUCCCUCACGCCUUCCCAUCUCCCUCACACCUUCACACCUCCCUCACCCAUGCCUCCCUCACGCCUUCCCACCUCCCUUUCCUCCGCCCAUCUCCCUCACCCACAACUCCCCCACGCCUUCCCAACUCCCUCACACAUUCACACCUCUCUCACCCACACCUCCCUCACGCCUUCCCACCUCCCUUUCCUCUGCCCAUCUCUCUCACCCACACCUCCCUCACGCCUUCCCACAUCUCACACACCUGCCAACCUCUCUCACCACUACUAAAAUCCCUCACGCCUUCCCAUCUCCCUCACACCUGUACACCUCCCUCACCCCUUUACAUCUCCUUCACCCACAACUCCCCCACGCCUUCCCAACUCCCUCACACCUCCCUCACCCACGCCUCCCUCACACCUUCCCACCUCCCUUUCCUCUGCCCAUCUCCCUCACCCACAACUCCCCCACGCCUUCCCAACUCCCUCACACCUUCACACCUCCCUCACGCCUUCCCACCUCCCUUUCCUCUGCCCAUCUCCCUUACCCACACCUCCCCCACGCCUUCCCAACUCCCUCACCCCUUUACACCUCCCUCACCCACAACUCCCCCACGCCUUCCCACCUCCCUCCCACCUUCCCACUUUCCUCAACUAUACCUCUGUCACCCACAUCUCCCUCACGCUGAUGUAGGUUGA